AUGACCACAAUUGAAGACGGGUUCCGGGCCUUCACAAGCCCAAUACACUCCACAGUGCCUGCACAUCAAUCACGAGCGCAAAACAAUGAGGCAGAUACCGAAAAAACAUUAGUAACCAUUGGUGGAACCUACCAAAUCAACAACAACGGAGAACCAGUAGCAACCGGUGCGGCGUGGUAUGGACCAGACGACGACAGGAAUAUAGCCUUCCAACUACCCAAUGACCUAGCAACACCCGAAGCCGGCGAACUAGCAGCAAUCCUAGAAACAGCCAGGACUGCCCCAAAAAACGCGAGAAUGGAAUUAUCCAUUAAAACCUUGAAGAUAAUCAAACUUCUAACCAAAGACGCACCGAGACUAGAACAAUUGGGCUGGAUCCAAGCCCCUAAUGCCAAACUCAUCAAAGCGAUCAUGGCAGAACUUCAUGAAAGAAGCGCCACCACAACCUUACAAGCAUGGGGAACGAACACACCUAAACGCAAUAUAGAUGAAACUGAACAUCUAAUAAGCAAUAAUACGGAAAACCCUAAAACAUAUAACAUACACACCAAGGUGAAAGACGAAUUCAACACCUCCGGACUGCUAAUGUCACGAGGCACACAGCGCCUAUUCUACAAAGGAAUCGGCAGAAUCAAUCAUGGAUAUCACAAGAGACGUCUUACCAGGAUGGCCCUAGCUAUGACACAUCACACUGUAAGAGAAAUAAGCCUGGAAACCCCCUCGGAAGCACAAAUCUGGAAAUCAAUAAGGAAUAAGGACAUACCCAGAGGCAUUCGCGGAUUCCUAUGGAAGAACCUCCACGGAGCAUACCGCUUAGGCGAGUUCUGGCAGAACAUACCAAACUACGAGCACAGAGGGACAUGUAGACUCUGUGGAGGCAUCGAAUCAAUGGAACAUAUCCUAGUAGAAUGUGAAGACUCACCUGCGAGGAAGCUGAUCUGGGAGCUAGCAGAAAAACUCUGGUGUCGGCGCGAGGAUGCAUGGCCCAACAUAAGAUUUGGAACGAUCCUAGGCUGCAAUCUAGCACACUUCACGGACACCAAAAAGAAAAGAUUAGAAGGAAAAUCUAGAUUAUUCUCAAUCCUGACUUACGAAUCAGCCCAUCUGAUCUGGAAACUAAGGUGCGAACGAGUUAUUAAGUUCAACAAUGAAGAGGACAAGUUCCACUCCAAAAACAAAAUCUGUAAUAGAUGGAUCUCCAUAAUUAAUAGAAGACUCAAAUAUAACAAAUUACUGACCAAUGCCUCGAGAUACGGAGAAAAGGCGCUGAGGGAAUCCUUGGUACUCCGCACCUGGAGUGGGGUCCUACUGGAUGAAGACGAUUUACCGGAUAACUGGAUCCGGACAGCAGGGGUUUUAGUGGGUAUCAGCGCUUCUCGGAGCGUAAUGGGUAGUUUCGGCUACUUGCGAGGUAAGGAGUCCCACACUGCCAAGCAUGGCGUGCAUAAAGCAUUUCCUCUGGGUAACUAA